CGACUUUUCCCCUUUUUAGUGCUUAUCAGCUGUUCCGAACAACCUUCACGCGUGUUUUUUGUGAGUAAAUAAUUUUCUUUGAGCAAUUUUGUCCAGGAAAUGGAAGUCCAAAAGCCAAUUCCAUUCGAAACAACUUGGUUUGAGCGCAAUGAAGUCAAUUUGCGUUCAGUUGAGGAAUCUGUGGAUGUUCUCGUGUCCAGGAACGCAGUGACUAAUCCUCUGAAUGUUAAAGCAUGGGCCCUUAAAGCCUUAACUUUGACGGAUCUUACAACACUGGCCGGGGAUGAUACGAAGGCGAAUGUUCGGAGUCUCUGCCUGCGGGCGGCAUAUCCAUUUCCUGACCAUGUCCUGGACACUCUGGGAUUGGAUGAGGUAACACGAGGGAUGAUUCACACAGCUGCUGUGUGCGUGUACCCAAGUCGCGUGCCAGAUGCGCGUGUCACGCUCGCGGAAUUAGAUAAACUCAAUGAUAUUCCAAUUGCCGCCGUGGCAACGGGCUUCCCCUCCGGGCAGUACCCACUGUCAUCACGUCUGGCUGAGAUUAAGUGUGCCAUUGAGUGUGGAGCCACGGAGAUUGACAUUGUCAUUGAUAGGGGUUUAGCUCUGCAGGGCAACUGGCAGGAGCUGUACAAUGAGAUCCUUGCAAUGCGUCGUGCCUGUGGGAAUCAGGCGCACCUCAAGGCAAUCCUGGGUAUUGGGGAACUGGGGACAAUGAAGAAUGUCUACAUGGCAUCCAUGGUGGCCAUGAUGGCUGGUGCGGACUUUAUAAAAACUUCCACAGGCAAGGAGAGUGUCAAUGCAACACUUCCCGUUGGUUUAGUCAUGAUUCGUGCUAUUCAGGACUUUUACAGGAAGACUGGGCAGAAGAUUGGCCUGAAGCCAGCCGGUGGGGUACGAACUGUUCAGGAAGCCAUCUCAUGGAUGAGCCUCAUCAAGCAGACGUUGGGACCGGAAUGGCUACAGCCGCACCUCUUCCGUUUUGGGGCUUCCGGAUUACUUGGCGACGUGGAGAAAGUUAUCCUGUCCUAAGGGCAGCAGCACCGCAGAGAGUGAUGGUUCAAGCCUUUCUUUUUUUUACCUCCAAAAACAUGACCAAAAUAUUUUUUUCUUGUUAAUUCUUCUUUUUUUUUUAAUCACUCUAUAAAUACAAAACCAGUGUGGGCGUUAGUGAUCGCGCAAA